CAAGACUGACUCUAAUCCAAUCUGUAGAUUGUUGCUUUUGUUUAUUUAUUAUUAAGUUUAAAUCUUUUUUCUUUAUUUUAAAGAGUAAUUUUAUUCAAAUUACAAAACUAAAUCCAACAUAUAUCUAGUAUCCAGCCAUGCACAUAGUUUUGGUUUAUUUGUUGAGGUUUUGAGAUAAAGGUUAAACCAAAACAACCACCUAAAAGAAUCCACAUAUCUAGAGACCAUUAUGGAUAAGCGGGAAACUGACCUGUUAUCUACCUGUAUGUCAAGUAUUUGCUUGAAUUUUUUUCAAUGGAACAUUUUUGAGAACAAAAGAUUUCUACAUUUCACAUCACACAUAUAGUAGAAGAUGGGUAAUGUGGGACAACAGAGAUAAUAUUAAUAACAACGUAAUGAAAUGGGACUGAUGACUCAUUUGAUGGUAUCACACACCUGGAGCAUCAAAGGGAAGACGCGGGCAGAGGGAAGAGGGAGUUUUUAAGGCUUAUCCUGGACACAACCAGGCUUUUUGAGUCAUCCUCUACAGUGAUUUAACUGAGACCUUUCUGUCUAAUCCUUGACGCUUUCUUAUUUUCAUUCUCAUCCCUGGUUCUCCAUCAUUUCCCAGAAUCCUCAUCUCCAUCACCUGACUGUGUCACUGGCACAAAUCAGAUUGAAGGUUUUGGCAUGUGGCAAAGACACACACACACUUGUAAUGAAAAUGAUCCACAAAAAAUUUAUUUUACAUAUCAUUGUGAAAUCCCAUUUUGCUAACCUGUCUUUUAAAUCUACUACUAAAGUUUGCUAGGACAUUCAAUUUUACAGCUGCCUGUUUUUGUUUGGUUAAUUGUAUCCACUGCAUACAAAGAUAUGCAUUCUCUGUUUUCUCGAGGGAUGAGUAGAAUUGUUUAAUUUAAUUCAAACGAUCCAAACAUGACAGGGUUUUCAUCAUGGGCGAGAGGACAGAAGUAAAUUUGAUUUGAAAGGUUAUUAGGUCGAGGCAGUGAGUCCGGUGUUUGAUGUUGCGUUCCUGUCACCAGGAGGACAGAUAAGGGGAUUCUGCACAUACCUGUUGGCCCUGCUGCCAGUGUAUAAAUGACAACGUCGACGCUCUUAGCCGAACAAACACUGACACACACACACACACACACACACACACCGGUUGGCUCUCAAGAUGAGUCAUUGUCAGCGCGGUGGUAAGAUACUAUAAUCGUGAUUAGUUUUCUAAACUUGAAGUGAAUCUUUUCUGCUCCGAUUGAACCGUUUUAACAUUAUAGAUGGACACAGCACUCAUGGUGAGUUUCUGUUUUUUCCUUCUUGUUUAUUUUUAAUUAAUUUAAUAGAAUAAAGUACCACAUUUCUUAUUCAGUUAUAUGUGUUCUGGUUUCAGGUGUCCAUCUCUGUGCUUGGACUGGCUCUUGUCCUGCUCUCCUUCCCUGAGCAUGCUUCACUGAGCAGAGAAUUUGACUCAGGAACUGUGUAUCCGGGAUCUGUGUUUGUGAAGGAGGCUCUUCAGAAGGCGAUUGAGCUGACUGAUGCUGCUUACGCCCGCACAACUGAGAGGGUGAAGAAGUCCCUGUCUGAAGGCGCCCUGAGACCCAGUGACCUGCUGGCUCAGUUUAAGCAGACUGAAGCCAGAACCAGGACUCAGAUCCGGGCUGCAGAACUGCUGGACAACACAGUGGAGCUGAUCAGGGAGAUGGUCUACACUCACAGUAUGGUGCAGCCCAACUCUAAUGAGCUGCUGAGUGAAGGAGACAUGGAGAAUCUGCUGCAGGUGACGGGCUGCUCCGCUGAGCUGCAGAGACCCAGCUGUGACUCCGACUGUCUGUCUGAGCGCUACAGAUCCAUCACAGGAGAGUGCAACAACAGACAGCAUCCCAGAUGGGGCGCUGCAAACAUCCCGUAUUCCCGCUGGCUACCUCCUGAGUAUGAAGAUGUGUGGGGGAUGCCCAGAGGCUGGGACCCAGAGCACACCUACCAUAAUGCCACUCUGCCGCCAGUGCGGCUGGUGUCUCAGGAAGUGCUGUUCACUCACAAUGACAACAUCUCUCUGGACUCCACUCUGUCCCACCUGCUGGUGGAGUGGGGUCAGUGGAUAGACCACGACGUGGUGCUGACGCCUCAGAGCCCCAGUAGAGCCGCCUUCAGGACAGGAGCUGACUGCACGCGCACCUGCAGCCGGGACACGCCCUGCUUCCCCAUACAGAUCCCUUUGACAGAUCCUCGUAAUGGCGUCCAGAGUUGCAUGCCUUUCUUCCGCUCUGCUCCCAGCUGUGUUGCUGGAGUCCUGUCUCAUCGCCACCGAGAGCAGCUCAACGCCAUCACCUCCUUUGUGGAUGCCAGUAUGGUGUACGGCAGCUCCACCAGUCUGGGCUCGGCUCUGAGAAACUACUCCUCUCCUUUGGGCUCAAUGGCCCUCAACUCCCAGCACUCAGACCAGGACUUGGCCUACAUGCCCUUCCUCCCACGCCUGCAGGCUCACCUGGACCCCUGCGGCCCUCGAAACUCCACUCCCUCAGGGGCAUCGGUUAGAUCCACGCGCCAGGAGAACACCACAUCCUGCUUUCAAGCUGGUGAUUCAAGAGCUAAUGAGCAUCUGGGAAUGAUCGCGCUGCACACACUCUUCCUGAGAGAGCACAACCGGCUAGUGAAAGAGCUGCACCUGCUCAACCCUCACUGGAGCCCUGAUACUCUUUAUCAGGAGGCUCGUAAGAUCAUGGGAGCCAUUCAUCAGAUCCUAACAUGGGAGCACUACCUGCCGCGGGUCCUCGGUGAGAGUGCCAUGUCUCGCCUCAUGCCUCCCUAUGAGGGUUAUGAUCCUGAGGUGGAUCCCAGCAUCGCUAACGUCUUUGCAGCCGCUGCGUUUCGUUUUGCCCAUGUCACUGUGCAGCCAGUGGUGACCAGGCUGGGUCCAGGAUACACCACUAACUCCCAGCAUCCCCUGCUGCCUCUGCAUCAUUCACUGUUUGCCUCUUGGAGGGUGGUGCAGGAAGGUGGUAUAGACCCUGUGCUGCGUGGUCUGCUGCUGUCUCCAGCCAAGCUGCAGACUCCAGGUCAGAUGAUGGUGGAGGAGCUGACAGAAAGGCUCUUUCAGGCACAGGGAGGGAUGCCUCUGGACCUCGGGGCCCUUAACCUCCAGAGGGGCCGGGAUCACGGCCUGCCUGGAUACGGCUCGUGGAGAAGGCUCUGCAGCCUCUCUGUUCCCAACACUACAUCAGAACUGGCCGAAAUUCUGAGUAACUUCACUUUGGCUCAUAAACUCCAGCUCCUGUACGGGACACCACUCAACAUAGAUGUGUGGGUGGGGGCCAUCUCUGAGCCCGCUCUGCCUGGAGGUCGAGUUGGACCACUCCUGUCCUGCCUGCUGGCAAGACAGUUCAGAGCGCUUAGAGAUGGUGACAGGUUUUGGUGGGAGAGGGAAGGAGUUUUCACCAGCACCCAGAGGGGACACCUCCACGCCGUCUCUCUGUCUCGCAUCAUUUGUGACAACAGCCACAUCACUCACGUCCCUGCUGACCCGUUCUCACGCACCGAGAGGCCGGAGGACAUGCUGGCCUGUUCACACCCACUCAUCUCCCACCUCGACCUCAGCCCGUGGAAAGAGCCAGAUACUGAUCCCACCUGUGGUCCGAUACCCAGGAUUCAGUCUGGCUACUCGCUGCUCUGUGACUCUGUGAUUCUGUAUCAGUGUCACGCUGGCUUCAAGCUGCUGGGAUCUUCAUCUGUCAGCUGUGAUCCAAACAGCCAGCAGUGGAACCCCACACCUCCAACAUGUCAAGAUAUUAAUGAAUGUGAAGCACAAAUCUGCCCACAAAACCUGGAGUGCCUCAACAUACCAGGAUCCUUUAUUUGCUCCGAACCCUCCUCGCUGUCUGCCGUCUCUGUUGUCACUGCAGUGAUAGUAGUGAUCGGUGGUGUGGCCGCGCUGCUGCUGAUCAUGUUCUGUUAUCGAAGAUAUUUCCCCAAGAAAGAAGAGUUAGUCAAGGCUGGAUGAAAGGGGAAAAGUUAAGCGUUUGCUCCGUUUUUGUUGUAAUGUUCCUCUGUGUUAUAUGAAAAUUAUCUUACUGUCUUCAGUAUAUUUGCAACUUAAAAUUAUCUGUGGACCUGUUUUUUAACUACCUAUAGUAGCAGAAUAUUUUGUCUUAAUUUAUAAAAGAAAUAUCACGCUAAGUAAUCAAUGUUUUACAUUAAUAAGUAUCGCUGUUGUUGACCUGCUCACGACCGCAUGUUUUGCCCUCUGACUACACAUUAUGUCACUAACCAGUCUGACGGUGCUCAUUCAUUAACUACAAGUCAAACUAUUUAUUAAGGUCUAUUAUUAUUAAAGGUGGUAAUCUGUACAAUGAGGCCAUGAAAACAGAAUAGCAAGCUUACAAAAGUCCUUUCAAUCCGGAAACUAAAAUCUUACAGGAAUGUCUGCUCCAAA